AUGUUCACUGAUUCCAUAGGCGUUGCUGAGUAUCACGGACGUCCUCUUGCUGAUCACUCCUCUGUCAAGAAUGGCCGCCCUCCCGGCGCUCUGCUCGAACCACGUCCCCCACUCGAUGCCCCAACUGUUGCUGAAGCAGUUGCUGUCAUCUCCUGCUGGUACGAGGACAAGACCGAAUGGGGAGACAGGAUAGGUUGGAUCUAUGGAUCAGUGACAGAGGAUGUGGUGACAGGUUACAGAAUGCACAAUCGUGGUUGGCGGUCAGUGUAUUGCAUCACGAAGCGUGAUGCAUUCCGUGGCACUGCACCUAUCAACCUCACAGACAGAUUGCACCAGGUGCUCCGAUGGGCCACUGGUUCAGUGGAAAUUUUCUACUCCAGGAACAAUGCAUUUCUUGCAUGCCGGCGCCUCAAGUUUCUACAGCGUAUUGCAUACCUCAACGUCGGCAUUUAUCCCUUCACAUCCAUCUUUCUGGUUGUUUACUGUUUCCUCCCUGCACUCUGCCUCUUCACAGGUCAAUUCAUAGUUGCAGGCCUAAGUGUCCCCUUCCUUAUCUACCUCCUUAUCAUCACUAUCUGUCUCUGUCUGCUCUCCCUACUUGAAGUGAGGUGGUCUGGCAUUGGCCUUGAGGAAUGGUGGCGUAAUGAGCAAUUUUGGCUCAUUGGUGGAACAAGUGCUCACCUUGUAGCUGUCAUCCAGGGUCUCCUCAAAGUUGUAGCCGGUGUCGAAAUUCACUUCACCUUAACCUCCAAGUCUACAGCUGAAGACGAAGAAGACAUUUACGCUGACCUCUACGUUGUCAAAUGGACAAGUCUGUUCUUAAUGCCUCUGACAAUCAUAAUCAUCAAUAUUAUUGCAAUGGUCAUCGGAAUCUCAAGGACCUUAUACGAAGUGAUACCCCAAUGGAAUAAGCUACUCGGAGGACUUUUCUUUAGUUUCUGGGUGUUGGCUCACAUGUACCCAUUUAUGAAAGGCUUGAUGGGAAGGAGAGGAAGGAUACCUACUAUUGUAUAUGUCUGGGCAGGGCUGCUUGCAAUCAUAAUAUCUUUGCUUUGGAUAGUAAUCAAUCCUCCAAAUGGUGUCAACCUCAACAGUCAAGGCAUGCAGAUAUGA